AUGUCUGUUAAAGACGUUAAUUUAAUAGGAAAUCAAAUAUACAGUGAACGGCGAAUGGCUCAACCGAAACUGCUCAAAAGUAAAGAAGAAACUAUUGCUGCGGUAAAUAUUAUGAAUAUCAAAACACUUAAAGACGAGAAUUUUAUAUUUGCGAUUGAACUAAGUUCUAAAAUUAUCAUCUUCUCGUGUAACACUAACAUGCGUUUUUUGUGCGGCAGUGAAACGAUUUAUAUGGACGGUACAUUUAGUUACUGUGCUCAAUAUUUCAAGCAAUUUGUUACCAUACAUGUAUUUAUCAAUGGACAUUAUAUACCAUUGUGUUAUUGUUUACUUCCCGACAAAUCGGAACAAACCUAUAUAAAACUAUUUAAUGUUUUGAAACGCAAAUGUAAAGUAAUUGGUCUAAAAUUCAAUCCAAAAAUUAUUUUCUCCGAUUUUGAAAUUGCUAUCUAUCCACAAUGCUGCGCGUUUUGAAUUUCCAAAUGUGCACAUUAAAGGGUGCCGUUUUCAUCUUAUGCAAGCUUGGUAUCGUAAUAUCGGUGGUUGUGGCUUAAUUCAAGAAUAUAAAUUGGCAGACAGUGAAAUAUCUAAAUGGCUGAAAUAUAUUUUUGGGCUGCUAUUUUUACCUCCCUUAGAAGUCGAAGAAUCUUUCAUAUAUGAUUUUAUGGCUAUUCAACCAAAGGAUUCAAAAAUUGAAAAGUUUAUCGACUACUUAUUGGACAACUACAUUGGCGACCACGCAACAUUUCCGUCGGAGAUGUGGGCUGCGAUGAGUGAGAGUUUACAACUAAUGCUUGUGAAUCAUUCCACUCACGUUUUAAUGCUAAUUUUUACCAUGCUCAUCCAAAUAUUUUCCAUUUUAUUGAUGUUUUAAAAAUUUUCAAACUGAAACUUACAUUAAAAUUAAUAGUAUCUGUAAUAGUGAAAGUAAUAGACUUAAAGAUCCAAAGAGUAGAAAAAAUUAUGUUCGUUAGAAAUAGGAUACAUGAGUAUCAAACUAACUGUAUUGAUCAAUUCCAUUUCGUAAACUGUAUGUCGUAUUUAUUUCAAAGUGACAAAUAA